CGGGAGAAGGUUAUGUUGAAUCGGCAUAGAAAAGGUGGAGAAGGACGGUGAAGGAGCAGCAACUUUCUCUCCUUCUAACCGACUCGAUGAGGAUUUGUCGCCUGGGGUUUUGCAUGGCUGAGUGGACUCGAGUUUACUCCACAGCACGCAGUUGGAUAUUACCUUUAACCUGGGGCUGUUUAAAGUUUUAGCCUCUUUUUGGAACUUUUUUUUUGUCGCUCAUGGACUUAAUGCGUUUUGAGUUGAUGUGAAACUGAGCGGAGCGACGUGGAAGUAAGGCACAAUAUAAUCUGUAUCGAUUUACGUUGUCGCCAUGUCCAUGCUUCCGACGUUUGGCUUUACGCAGGAACAAGUGGCGUGCGUCUGCGAAGUCCUCCAACAAGGGGGGAACAUCGAGCGGCUCGGCCGCUUCCUCUGGUCUCUGCCGGCGUGUGAACACCUCCACAAGAAUGAGAGCGUCCUUAAAGCGAAAGCCGUCGUUGCCUUUCAUCGGGGAAACUUCCGAGAGCUCUACAAGAUCCUGGAGAGCCACCAGUUCUCUCCGCACAACCACCCUAAACUGCAGCAGCUGUGGCUCAAAGCGCACUACAUCGAGGCGGAGAAGCUGAGAGGCCGCCCGCUCGGUGCUGUGGGGAAGUACCGCGUCCGGAGAAAGUUCCCCCUGCCCCGCUCCAUCUGGGACGGAGAGGAGACGAGCUACUGCUUCAAGGAGAAGAGCAGGAGCGUCCUGCGGGAGUGGUACACCCAUAAUCCUUACCCGUCCCCCCGGGAGAAACGAGAGCUGGCCGAGGCCACGGGACUCACCACCACGCAGGUCAGCAACUGGUUUAAAAACCGACGGCAGAGAGACCGAGCAGCGGAGGCGAAGGAGAGAGAAAACAACGAGAACUCCAACAGCAAUAGUCACAACCCAUUGACUUCCUCCAUGAAUGGAAAUAAAUCUCUUUUGGGGAGCUCUGACGACGAUAAAACUCCCUCGGGAACACCGGAUCACACGUCACCGAGCCCGGCUCUGCUCCUCGGCUCCAACACCGCUUUACCCUCCCUGCACGGCCUCGCGCCUCCGCCGGGACCCAGCGCCAUCCCGGUACCAGGCGGGGCAGACUCGGUGCACCAUCACCACUCAUUGCACCAUGACACCAUACUGAACCCUAUGUCUUCUAACCUAGUGGACCUUGGCUCUUAAAGAACCGGCACAGAAGGGGACAGUUUUUUAAUUUUGGAUCCUAAAAUUUUCGUGAGACAAGCUUCAAGCAUUUACGGUAAAAAAAGACGGACUUGAACACCGCAGAAUCAGCCACCAUAACAAAUCAUUAAGCGUCAUAUCCAGACUCUUUUUUUUUUAAAGUGGGGUGAAAUCUCCCCCAACAUGCCGCAGAAUAAAACUCAUUUCUGGAAUUUUCUGGAAAUAAAAAUCAAAGAAGAGCACUUCAGACAUUUCCCCUACAUGCCCACCUGUAACAGGAACAUCCUCUCAGUUGUUGGCAUAUGAGGAAAAAAAAAUCAGUUCUAUACAGACGGAACUUUUUCUUUUGCUGUGGUGGUGCAGACACAAGGUGAGGCGGAUGUAGGUCGUUUUACUUAAGAAAAUAAAAGUAUUUUACCGGAAUGUAAAAACAUAACAUGUUAUAUUGUUGAAAACAAUAACAAUAAAAUGUCUUAAUUCUUGUUACUAUUACCGUUCUUAUUUUAGGGUUUGGAUAUUAUCAGCUGACUCUUAAGGCACCACAUCACCUUUUUGUUUACAGUGUAGUUUUCAAAUAGAGCCAUGACAAGUUUUUUUAAGAAGGGAUGUUUUUUUCUGUGGGUGGGUGGGGGAUGAUAUGCUCAAGUGUCUUAUAAGAGUCGCGAUAAAAGGAAAUAUCUUAAUCUCUUGAUAUUAAUUGCAUUUUCAUUUGGAAAAAAGAGACUGCAUGUAAACUUUGCGACAAGUGAUGAAACAUGAAACGAUUUAACUAUAGUUUCAUAUACCCUUUACAAUA